CAGCGGAUGGCGGCUGUCAACUGGUUGGUUCCUAUAAUAAGUAGGGUGGGAUUUUUCGAUAAUUUAACCGCUUGUGACCCAAAGCCCCUCGACUUGUUCAGUUUAUUUAUACCUACUGAAUAAUCGUUGCAUUUCCUAUGUGUUUGCGGUAGUGAAAAACCCCCACGCCAAAGUAUAUGACAUCGGAAAUAGAAACAAUGGGUGAACAACCAAUAUUUACGUGUAAGGCUCACGUCUUCCAUAUUGACCCCAAGACUAAACGAUCCUGGGUAUCAGCCUCGACUGCAGCUGUUUCUGUUUCCUUUUUUUAUGACUCUACCAGAAGCCUAUACAGGAUCAUAUCUGUUGAAGGAACCAAGGCCGUUAUAAACAGUACCAUAACGCCAAACAUGACGUUUACAAAAACUUCACAGAAGUUCGGACAGUGGUCUGAUGUCCGUGCCAAUACCGUCUACGGUUUAGGAUUUUCAUCAGAAGCAGAGCUAGGAAAAUUUAUUGAAAAAUUCCAUGAAGUGAAAGAGGCAACGAAAGUAGCAGGUGCUAAGCUCCAGUCUAACAGUUCAUCAGUGACUCCGGCAACAAGUGCAAACGUUAGUCCAAUAACGUCUCGUUCCGUAUCUUCCUUGCCAUCUUCAGAGCAGGAUUUGAUCGAUCCGCCAAAUUCUUCGAUGAUAAGUUCAAACUUAUCUGCAUCGAAUAAUCCAAAUCCAAAUGCAAACUUGAUAUCUGCACAAAAUAGCGUAUCAAUGGUAAGCAAUAGUCCUUUGCCCGGCGGUUGCCAGAAUAAAAUGGACGAGGAGUUGAAGAAUGCAAUACACGCGAGGUCUCAAAGUAUCUCCCAGCAGAGUACAGAGAGUCCACAGCAUCAAGGAAAAUCUCUCCAACAACUCGGUUCUAGCCAAUCUAAUCAGUCCACAGAGGCUCAGCUCAAAUACGACAAUGAUAGACUGAAAAUUGCCCUUGCUCAGAGCUCUGCUAAUGCCAAAAAGUGGGAGGUUGAACUUAUUGCGGUCAACACAGCCAAUGCCAGACUGACAAGCGCUCUACAGGAAUCAACGGCUAAUGUAGACGAGUGGAAUAGACAGCUGCAAUUAUACAAAGAGGAGAACGCGAGACUCAGGGCAAAGUAUGCGGACUUAGAAGCGAGCAAAAUUUCUGAAGGUAAUAGCGAGGCUCUCAGACUCAGAGUAGAGGCUUUAGAAAAUGAGUUGAGAUCAAGGAAUGACGAAAUUAAAAGUCUCACUAUGGCCACCAAAAACAAAGAUUACAUGUCCAUGCAAAAAGAGAAAGGAGAGCUAAGGGAUAUGCUGAAUACGGUCCACGAACAAUUGGAGCUUGUGUUGAGUGCUAACAAGGUUCAAAAGCAGAAUUUGGACACGCUAAACUCGAGACUAGCGGGUUACAUACAAGACCUGGUAACCGUUCACCAAGAAAUUACAAACACGCUGCAGACCUAAAUUGUUGAGGUAGAUUGUUCAGUUACUCUUAAGUAUUUCACCAAAACGAAUAUGAGAAGAUGAUAGAUAGAGAAAAAAAAAGCGUGGCUAUGUUCCCCUGUAUAAUCGGAGCAUGGGAAUGACCGCCCAUAACUUAAUUGAAAAUUAAAAGAAAUUGAAAAAGCACAAUCGAGAACACUAGGGUCUAUUAAUAACUAUAACUAACUACCUAACUGAAGCUACAUAAAAAACAAUAUAAACCAUUUUUAUUAUUGUUCUGCCACGCAAGUUUUGUUUGAUUCUAUUUUAUUUUUUGCAUUGUAGCAAUUGAGAACAGGCAUGCUAGAAACUAAAGCAAACAAAGUAAAAUAAAGUAAAUAUAUGAAUGACAAUAGACAGAAUUACAAGAUGUGACGAACUAUUAGUGUGAAAGUAAAAAAAAAAUUAUUGAAUGCAGUUGAAAAUCUUCGCUCAAAUAUAUUUCUGCCAAUUUUAUCUAAUGUCAAAUUAAUUAUAACUUAAAUUUCUUUUUGUUGUUUUUUGAAGUGUUAUUUUAAUUUAUUAUUGUGAAUAGUUUUCUUUUUUUUCCUUAUUUUUUGUCUUCUUAUGAAGAAACAAAAAACAAGUAGUAGCUUAUGCGAAUUGUAAAAUACGAUUCAGUUUAUAGAUCUGAUAUUUCAACGCAAUCAUAAUCAUCAUCACUAUUAUUAUAAUUAUUGUCAUUAAUAUUAGUGAUAAUAUUUUACAUACGUAUGAAAAGAGUGAUGGAAUAAUAUCUCAGAAUCGAGGAAUUGGAAAUGAUGACAAAACCUCGCUUGCCAUUUUUUUAAGCUUUUACAGUAAGUGAGUCUCAAAACGCUUCCAAAUAAGUAAUAAUACCAGAAAUAUCGUUUCCACUUUCAUUAUUAUUAUCACAUGUAUAUUACCCACUCUGAUUUUAAUACUCUUGAGAUCGUGCGGCGUUAUGUUAAUUGAAAUUUUUCUUUUAGUCUAUCUCGUCGACAGUUAAGCUAUCGAUCGCUUUAAUUAUACGUAUUUAUUGCAUUUAUUAGAUAACCUCUGUAAUAAUAAAAGAGGACAAAAGAAGAAAAAAAUCGUGUGAGUUCGAAAUAUGUAAUAAUUUGUUAUUAUAAUAUAAUUGCCGAUAUUACUAUCGAUAACUGAUAACCAUAUCUAAUAUUUUUUACUAUUAUAAUGAUCUGUUGCAAUAAGUUUUUGUUUUUUUUCAAUUUAAUAAUCAGCAAAUUAUACAUAUGUUUUUUCUAAACUUUUUCACCAUAGUUUACCAUGAGAUUAAUCAAUUAUAUUAUCUUUUUAUUUAUUAUUUUUCUCAUGUAUGAUUCUAUUCCAUGUGUAAUUUGCAUUUAUAAUGCACAUUGUACAAUGCAUAAAUAUUAUUAUAUAUACUAAAUAUGAUAUUAUAUCAUAUCAUACUUCAUCAUAUUAAAUUAUAUCAUAUGCAAAAUAGAAUUGUUUAAUGUAUGUACUUUUUUUUUUAUUUAAAAGAGAUUUUCUUCCGAUCUUCUGUUUAUUUCACAUAUACAAUAUGGUCAUACUCGUUUAUGGGUUAAAUCUAUAUAAAUAUGUAUAGUAAGUCAAAAAAAAAAACGAAAA